AUGGCCGACGAAACGACGGGCCCUGUGCCCCCCGCGCGCCGCGCGUCGGCGCGCGUCGCACGCAAGCGUAGCACGGACACGGGUGAAGAAGCAAAGGCUCCCAAGCAGGCGCGCACGGAUCCGCCUUCGGAGGAGCCCGAAGCGAGCGAGAGCCGCAGCUCGGGCCCCCUCCAGGUCGGUGAUGCGCUGCCGUCGCUUGAGCUGGUUGAUCAGUCGGAGGAGCGUGUGCAAAUCGCCGACCUAAAGAAGGUAGUGAUUUUCACGUACCCGAGGGCAAAUACGCCUGGCUGCACGCGGCAGGCGCAGUGCUUCCGCGAUGCAUACGACGACUGGAAGCAGGCCGGGUACGAAGUGUAUGGCCUCUCGAGCGACUCGCCCAAGUCGCAGACGACGUGGUCGAAGAAGCUGUCGCUGCCGUACCGCCUGCUGUGCGACCCGAAGCGCGAGCUGAUCGGCGCAUUGACAGGCACCAAGUCGAGCACCAAGCGCAGCCACUUUGUCGUGGGUGAGGACGGCAAGCUGUCGCUUUCGUCCAUUGGCGUCAAGCCGGGCGAGAGCUCGAGUGCGGCGCUCGCGUCGGUGGCGACGUAG